UGUCGAAUGGUACGUCCCGGAGCUCCGGGCGGAAGUGGACCCUUCUCCCCUUGGUGAGGAGGCGAGGGCGACAAUGGCGGCUCCGGGUUUUCUUUCACUUUUCAUCUUGGCCUUAGUAUUGGUAGCCAGCAUACAGGCUCUGACUCCUAGCCAUUCUCUAACAAAACAUGAUGUUCAGAGGCUACAAGCUUCCCUGGAGCGUCCAUUUGUUGAUUUGGAAGGAAGUUAUUACUCCGUUGUAGGACUCAGCAAAUUAGGAGUGAAAAUCACUGAUGAACAGGCCGCAUGUAACUUCAUCAGAUCCAAGGUGGACCCCAACAGUGUGGAUUCCCUUUUCUAUGCUGCACAGGCCAGCCAAGCACUGUCUGGAUGUGAGAUUGCCAUUUCGAAUGAGACCAGGGAGCUGCUGCUUGCCUCUGUCAGUGAGGAUUCCUCAGUUACCCAGAUCUACCACGCUGUUGGAGCUUUGAAUGGUUUUGGGCUCCCCCUUGCUUCCCAAGAAGCUCUCAGUGCCCUCACCUCUCGCCUUAGCAAGGAAGAAAAUGUCUUGGCAACAAUUCAGGCUUUGCAGACUGCAUCAUACUUAUCCCAGCAGGCAGACCUGAGUGGCAUCGUGGAGGAGAUAGAGGAUCUUGUUGCUCGAUUGGAUGAUCUGGGAGGGGUGUAUCUACAGUUUGAAGAAGGACUUGAGACCACUGCUCUGUUUGUGGCUGCUACUUACAGACUGUCUGACCAUGUAGGGACAGAGCCAGCAAUGAAAGAGGAUCAGAUCAUCCAGCUGGUGAACGCAAUUUUCAGCAAGAAGAACUUUGAGAUUCUUUCAGAAGCCUUCAGCGUGGCUUGUGCAGCGGCCUCCCUUUCCCAGAAUCGGUACCAUUUGCCAGUCAUUGUAGUCCCUGAAGGGCCUGCAGCUGUGUCUCACCAUGAGCCCAUUCUUAGGCUCCAGGUUACCAAUGUUAUGUCGCAGCCACUGACUCAGGCGAGCGUGAACUUGGAUCAUGCAAAAUCUACUGCUACUAAAGCCACAGUCCUUCAACAAACUGCCUUUGCCCUGUCCAGAGAUGUCUUUGAGCUGAACUUCAUGAGUGUCAAACCUGCCAGCGGCUACUACGAUUUUGCAGUCAGCGUUGACGGGGAUAGUAGAUUUAUUGCCAACAAAGUUGAGUUGAAAGUCAAGGUCUCAACAGAAGUCGGCAUUGCAAACGUGGAUCUUUUUACAGUGGACAAAGAUCAGAGUAUUGCACCAAAAACUACCAGAGUAACUUACCCAGCCAAAGCCAAAGGCUCCUUCACAGCUGACAGCCAUCAGAAUUUCGCCUUGUCCUUCCAGCUGGUAGACGUGAACACUGGAGCAGAACUCAUCCCUCACCAGACAUUUGUGCGGCUCCACAAUCAGAAGACUGGACAAGAAGUGGUGUUUGUUGCAGAACCAGACAGCAAAAACAUCUACAAGUUUGAACUGGAUACUUCUGAGAGAAAGACGGAGUUUGAUUCAGCCUCUGGGACCUACACCCUUUAUUUGAUCAUCGGCGAUGCUACUCUGGAAAACCCAAUCCUCUGGAAUGUGGCUGAUGUUGUCAUAAAGUUCCCAGAAGAAGAUGCUCCAUCUGCAGUCCAGUCAAAGAGCCUUUUUGUUCCAAAACCAGAGAUACAGCACCUGUUCAGGGAACCCGAGAAGAGACCACCCACUGUGGUCUCGAACACAUUCACCGCCAUGAUACUCUCCCCGCUGCUUUUGCUGUUCAUCCUGUGGAUCAAGAUUGGAGCCAACAUUUCCAACUUCAGCUUUGCUCCGAGCACCCUCAUCUUUCACCUGGGCCAUGCAGCAAUGUUGGGGCUCAUGUAUGUCUACUGGACUCAGCUCAACAUGUUCCAGACCUUGAAGUACCUGGCCAUCCUGGGCAGUAUCACCUUCCUAGCAGGCAACAGGAUGCUGGCUCAUAAAGCAGUGAAAAGGAUCGCUGCAGAACAGAGCAGUAGGUUGGCAAAGUAUAGAACGCUGCGGUAAAAGGGUUUUUUGCUAGUGACCAGCUCUUCCUAGAAAACACAUUAAUAUCAGAAGAAAGGGAAGAACUGAAAGAGAACCAGUAUAAGCUCCAAGGCGAAGGAGUCCCAAGAAGAGUUCAAAGGCCAGAAACUGCAAUGUGGAAAAGUAUUGCCUGUAAAAUUGAAAAAGA